CAGGAAAUUACUCUGUACUGUCUGAAAACGAAGACAGUCCAUGUGAAUGCCAGGGACAAUGCUGGGUACACACCGCUACAUGAAAGUUGUGUCCGAGGCUGUGUGGCCGUGGCCAGGCAUCUGAUCUACUACGGGGCUGACGUCAACUGUUGUUCCCAGGAUGGUAUAAGGUAAAACAUCUCCCAGGUGUGAAUCUUGGUUUAUGCCUAUCAGUUAUUUAUACCUGUCCUUUAUUUAUACCUGUCUGUUGUUUUUACCUGUCAUUUGUUCUGUUUAUACCUGUCAGUUGUUUUUGUUUAUAUCUGACAGGUUUAUUUAUACCUGUCAGUUGUUAGUACCUGUCAGUUUUUUUUACCUGUCAGUUGUUUUGUUUGUUACCUGACAAUUGUUUUGAUUAUACCUGUCAGUUGUUUUUGUUUAUACCUGACUGUUGUUUUGUUUGUACCUGAUAGUUGUUUUGUUUAUACCUGUCAGUUAUUUUAUACUUAAAAUUGUUUUAUAAUUUAGUAAUAUAAUGGAGAUACUAUGUGGGCCAGACUGUCCAAGCUGUCCCAGGACACAAAUCUUUAAGCUGUAAUUAAAUACGCAAGUUCUUUUGUAAUGUUGAAGUGUCUCAGACGACUCAAAUAUCACCGGCCUUGGGGGCCCACCAUAAUUUUGUGCCAUCCCCCCCCCGAGAGGGAGUUAGUCUAAACCAUUUUAAUGACAAUUUCUGGGUCAGUCAAGAAAUGGAAGUGAGCGACACUUGUCACCCCUAAACAUUUAAGAACCUUGCUAUUAGAUUUGGAAGUUUUAUAACUUGUACAUUUCUAUAAUGCCAAUUUGAAUGUGGAUUGUGUUUCAGCCUAGAGCUUACAUCAUAUUUUUGCCAGUCAUGAGGUAAUAUUUAACUUGCCAUAUUUUUUGUGUGUAGACCAAUCCAUGAUGCCAUUGAGAACGACCACCUGGAAGUUGUCCGGCUGUUGCUUGUCCAUGGGGCUGACCCUCUGAUUGCCACUUAUGCUGGUCGGACGCCUGUCCGUAUUGCCAAAUCGCAACUCAUGCUACAAACCUUACAAGGUCAGCUACUUGCCAUUGAAAACAUGUGAUUAGGGACUGUACUUUGGAUAAUGCGGCUUUCAGAUUAAAUCUAGAUUUUUGGUUUAAAUGAAGAUUUCCAUUUAAAUAUAGUUAAUUGAUGUCAAUCUAUUUAUUCAGUUUAAAUCUAGACGUUUGAUUUAAAUCUAAGUAUUCUUCGGUUUAAAUCUAGAUGUUUUAUUUAAAUCUAGGUAUUCAGUUUAAAUCUAGAUGUUUUAUUUAAAUCUAGGUAUUCAGUUUAAAUCUAGAUGUUUAAUUUAAAUCUAGGUAUUCAGUUUAAAUCUAGAUGUUUGAUUUUAAAUCUAGGUAUUCGGUUUAAAUCUAGAUGUUUAAUUUAAAUCUAGGUAUUCAGUUUAAAUCUAGAUGUUUAAUUUAAAUCUAGGUAUUCAGUUUAAAUCUAGAUGUUUAAUUUAAAUCUAGGUAUUCAGUUUAAAUCUAGAUGUUUGAUUUAAAUCUAGGUAUUUAGUUUAAUGUGUUUCAAGAAUUAAAAAUUCCUGAUUUCCAAAAUAAAUUUCAAUCCCCACUGAUGGCAUACGUGCUUUAGCAAAGUUGGAUAACUGAAGUCAAUAGCAGGUCAUCCCUAAACAAGAGAACUAGAUGUGACAUGUCAUUAAAAAAUUAUGUCAGUAGCAGGUUAUCACCAAACAAGAAAAAUAGUAGUGUCAUAAGAAAGCACCUUUGGGUCCACUAAUAUAAGAAAGCACCUUUGGGUCCACUAAUAUAAGAAAGCACCUUUGGGUCCACUAAUAUAAGAAAGCACCUUUGGGGUCCACUAAUAUAAGAAAGCACCUUUGGGUCAACUAAUAUAAGAAAGCACCUUUGGGUCCACUAAUAUAAGAAAGCACCUUUGGGGUCCACUAAUAUAAGAAAGCACCUUUGGGUCCACUAAUAUAAGAAAGCACCUUUGGGUCAACUAAUAUAAGAAAGCACCUUGGGGUCCACUAAUAUAAGAAAGCACCUUUGGGUCCACUAAUGUAAGAAAGCACAUUUGGGUCUACUCCAUUAAUUUGGGAAACCACCUUUGGGUCCACCAAAUUAAGAAGUCACCUUUGAGUCCAAUGAUAUAAGAACCCACAUUUGUCUCUAAUAGUGUCCUGGGUAUUGUACUGAUAUGGAUCUCCCCAAGGAAUCUAAUAAAAAUGGUGGCCUCCACAAGUGGCCCUGUUCCAUGACCAAAUCUUCAGGUUGUUCUCUCUCUUACACAGGUUACAUCUGUGACUUAAAUGGUUGGAUGGAAGAUGAGGACGAGGAUGAGGAUGACCGUGAACAGCCGGAAGAGAUCCACCUGCCGUGGAGAUUUAGCUCCUCCUUGUCUUGUUUACGUAAGACUAAGUCCACUUAUUGAACUUUUUAAUUGGUUUACAUAAGACACAAAGUCCACUUAGUGAAUUAUUUAAUUUGUUACGUAAGACUAAGUCCACUUAGUCAGUUUUAGGGCACUGUUCAGUAAUUAGUGGUCAUGUUUACUGGUCAUUUAAAUUUGUGGCAUUCUAUCAGACUGUGUUUGUGGUGCUGGGAUUUUAUCAGACUGCUGGUUGAACUGGGCUUGAAAACUCAUAUCUUGUAUUUAUUUUGUUGCUUUCAGUGAGUUCCCAGUUUGAGAGUUAUAGCCCUUGUGUUGAUCUACCUGUUGAUCCACAAGAUGACUCCACUGAUGUAUUCGAUGAUGGCCCUACAUCAGCCAUUAAUGUGUUCAACCUGGCAUUAGAUGGAGAAGACAGGUAA